GUCUUGCAGGGCUUGACAUAUGGCUUCUUCGGUGGCAGUCUCCACCUUGAUGAGACGAUCCUCAGCUGCGAUGAAACGCAGCCAGCAGAGGUGCGCUGCGCAGCUCGGCUGCGUGCGGCACUUCGCGAGGCAGCUGAGGAGGGCGGCGCCGGGCGUGGCCCAGAGCUCUCCGCUGUGCUCUUACCUGAGCUUGACGCUUUGCUGAAG